AUGGCUGUUGUCGUGGUGCUGAUCGGGCAGUGCGGCAAUCAGCUCGGUGACGAACUCUUCACGCAGCUGGCACUGUGCACCUCCUCCGGCGCAUCAUCCACAGCAGUCAAAACGUCGAGGUCCGUCGCGAACACGUCGCCCUUCUUUGCGCAGGACGGCAAAGCGCGCUGCAUCCUCGUCGACACAGAGCCGAAAGUCGUGCUUGGGGUGCAGCAGCGGCACCCCGACUUCAUUCGUGCGGAGAACGUGGUUUAUGGCCAGUCUGGCCGUGGAAACAACUGGGGUCUUGGCUACUACGGGGUGAAGACGGAGCAGAGCAGGCGCGCCGAGCGCAAUGCAGCCGUGCAGCGGGCUUUCCAAAAUAUUGGACGGGAUCAACGCGAAGAGGACGACAAUGUGCUGGGAAAGGCGCUACAGGCAAUUUACCGCGAGACGCGCCGCACGAGCAACGCCGAAGAUGGAAGUGGCGACUUUGAGGCCAUUCUUGUUCUUCACAGUCUCGUUGGUGGGACGGGGAGCGGGCUCGCAUCGAAGCUAACAACGCGCCUGCGUCUCUACUUCACAGAGCCGCCGCCAGGUCAGCACGUGGACGAAGUCUACGAGUCUAACAUGAUGCGCAACGACGGCUUCGACGGCGGCGUGUAUGGAGUGCAGCGGCGAGCGCGACACCUAGUGAACAUCACUGUCGCCCCCCAGGCGCUCGGUGAAGUGGCGACGCAGGGGCUGAACGCCACGUUGACACUGCAGGUGCUGCAGCGACACGCAGAUGCGGUCCUGCUCCUGCGCAACGACGACGCGAUGGCACCUGGAGAGCCGAGCGGAAGCAGUGUGUGCUCAGCCGCGUCACUGCUGACGCGGUGCGUCACCUUCAAGGAGGCGAAUGAGAGCCUCGUAGCGCUGCUUCUACCGGUGCUGGGCUACGGCCGGCACCCUGGCUGUAUCACAGAUCUUCUGAUGCAAUGCGUCCCUCCCACGUACCUGCAAACGACAGGCGGUAACAAGAUACUGACGCUCCUUGCUGUACCACAGCGCAGCUACGCCACCAUGCGGCAGUGCGUCCAUCGAGCGAUGCUCUUCAUUGUCAAGGGCGGCAGGGCCUUCAUGCCCGGGUAUGUGCCAACGGUCCCCAUUGACGACAUGCUGAGUCGAACGGCUCUCCAACUUUCCGGUGGCGGCAGUGGUACUGUUCGGUGUGGUAGCGAUGGAAGCCGCUGCCCGACUCGAUCUGCUUCAUUGCCGAGGCUGAAGAAGAGUACCGCGCAAGCUCGGCCUACCUACAUAACCGACCCGGUGGUGCCGGCUUACCUGAGUCAGAAACGCACGUGGAUAAAGUGA